UAGGUGGGAACAGACUUAAGUUGAAUCAAAAAAGAACCGCCGAGCUGAAUUGAUUUGUCCUGAUCUCGACAGCGACAGUAAAUUGAAAGCUGAUAUUCCUCAUACGGUGAAUCAUGACAAGCAAAAAAGACUUGUUUGCUGUUGAUAAUGGUGGUUCCUUCCACACACGCCGCCCUCCAGUGGACGCCAAUGACAACUGGAUUAGCACUGCACACAAGAUUGGUAAUGCGGGAUGGCAGAGUUUUAAAUUUCUCUUUUUUGGUCCCGACGGCGACCUGUACGCUGUUCCACAAGAUGGAUCUUUUCUAAAAGGCCCACCUCCCACGCAUGGCGAGGAUAAUUGGGUCGCUCGUGCAACGAAGAUUGGUACUGGCGGAUGGGCAAGUUUCAAGUUUUUGUUCUUCGACACAGAAGGUGAUUUGUAUGCUGUUCCACAAAAUGGAACCUUUCUCAAAGGCUCUCCUCCCACGCAUGCCCAAGAUAAUUGGACAGCCCGUGCAACGACGAUUGGCACCGGAGGAUGGGCUAGUUUCAAAUUCCUUUUCUUUGGUCCUGAUGCUGACCUCUAUGCAGUUAAAGAAGAUGGGUUCUAUAAAAGCUACCCACCAACAUUUGGCAGUGACAACUGGAGUGCUCGUGCCACAAAGAUUGGCACCGGAGGAUGGACAAGUUUCAAGUUCCUAUUUUUUGGUCCAGCGGGUUACCUGUAUGCCACUCCACAAGAUGGAACCUUUCUCAAAGCCACAGCUCCAACUUAUGGCGAAGACAACUGGACCGCGCGUUCAAAGAAGAUUGGCACCGCUGGUUGGGCAGAUUUUAAGUUUCUGUUUUGAUAUUCCCAGUAUGAUUGAACAAUCAGUGACUGUGUUAUGCACACAUAUAACCAUUAUACGCGUAACACAACAGUCUUUUAGCUAGCAGAUGAUUGCGUUAAUUAAGUGUCAUUAUUUGAAUUUAAAAUAAACAUUAGUUAAUCCUAUAUAUGUCUCGUAUUUUCAACACCUUUUCGUAAAAUGGUUUCAGGGGGAACUGUAAUUCGACUCCAAGGAUAAAUUAGCCGCCAUCGUUGACUUUAAAACCGAAUGCAGGACGAGU